GCAGAAGACUCUUGACAUCCAGCUGGCGCAGUGGUCGUCAGCUCAGCUUGAGAAGAGUCUCCUGGAGCUACCUGCAGAGGCACUGCUGUCUGAGGCGCACCUGCCCCACCCUCUCCCCAGAACCCCACCGCAUGGCUUCCGGGAGUGCAGACAGAUGUUGCAGGAAGAUCCAGUCCACCUGAUCGCCUUGCAGCGCAGACAGCAGGGUAGCAAUGCUUCUACAUCAUCUGGAAGCACCGCGAGCACGUGUGCGACUCAGGGCGACGGCCCUCCACAGGAGCUGCCAGACCCGGACUCGGACAGCGAGCUUGGGCUUCACAACGGUGCUGCCAAGGCCUUUCUGAACAGGAACGAGCUGGCAGACUGGUAUGUUGCAUGCAGGCCCGAGAUGCGGAUGAAAGAUGGAGAGCAGGAUGCCCGCGACGAAGAGCAACAACAUGUCGACGAGCGGCCAGCCUCGGCCAAGCCAGAGCAUGGCGACCACCACACCUGCAUCGACGACUGCAUCGACGCGAAAACGUUCUCGAUCUCUUUUGGCGAAGCUGAGCUGAAGCGUGUGGAUGACCAGUUGGUGCAGCGCAACGUCCAGCAAAGUCAGCAGAAGAGAAUCCACAAGCUCAAGAUGCAGUUGUCCAGACGGAAGAAGUUGAUCUCCAAGCUCCAGCGAAGGCUCCUCGAGACUCGGCGCUGCAAACUGGAGCCGCCGCUGGCAGAAUGCUGCCCUGACAGGGCUGAUGCAGCUUGCCAGACGGACGGCGAGGCAGGAAAGAGCCUUGAGGCCAAGAUUCCAAGGUUCAUGGUUCGCUGCCGGAGAUCUCUGCGACAGGGCAUUCGAAGGUUGGCGCUGGGGUGUGCGCUCCUUCCGACCUCAAUGUGCACCUCGGCCGUGCCGGAGUUGCUGAAGUGGCGCCAAGUUUCGCGACGCACCAGAAGUCCCGAGGCCUUGAUACAGCACCUGGAAGAGAUGGGCGGCAUGGCCAGGCUCGGCCAGCGUCAUUUAAGGCCUGCGUCGGUUGUGGCUUUUGGGAACAAGAUGAACAUGCUUGUCGGCAACCCGAAGGCUUCCUGCGCGGAAGCCUUUGGAGGCGAAACCGAGCAGAAGCUCUUCCAGUGUUGGCGCUGGUGUAUGGUGCUGGCAAAGCGGAGAACAUCCCAUUUUGCCGAGAGCGACGUUCGCCGCAUCGUUGGCAACAACCUGCACAGUUUGCUUCAGCACUGCCGGAGUGCAGAUGCGUCCUUUGCUUUCGACGCCAUGAUCGUGACUUCGAACUAUGCAACUAAUGCCCUCCCCUGCGUGCAGCAACCUAUAGCAGAGGCCAUGCUUGCGCUGAUGGAAGAGCUAGCGGAAUCCAACAUAUGCGCCAACUUGAAGCGGAUAGGGGGCUGUGCGCAUCUGCUUGGGAAUGUAAUGCGCUCGCUGAGCAAGCCUCAGCGCCAGAAGUUGGUGACUCUUCUGGUGAAACUGCUGCUGGACAGUCGGGUUUCCAACAAGUUGCCGGCGGUUCGGGGACUGAAGACGCUAUGGCUGCUUGAUGCGCCCUGGCAAACCUAUGCAGAAGCUGAGCAACAGCUGCGGACUUUCGCCCAUUCCGCCAAAGAAGAUGUGAGCAAGGCACAUGUGCGCAAGGAACUGGCGGAUCUCUUGCACAGCAGCUGA